GUUUCGUUCUACACGCCUCGACAAGAGCCAGCUGCGGGUACUGCCAAGGAUAAAGACUGCCCUAGCUUGUUCAAGCCCAUCAACAUCGGAGGGAUGACUAUUCACAAUCGCAUUGUUGUAUCUCCAAUGUGCCAAUAUUCAUCCCCAGAUGGUUUCGCUACACAAUGGCACAAAUCUCUGAUCAACAGCUUCUCUGCACGCGGCCCGGGCUUAAUUUUCAUGGAGGCUCACUCUGUUAGCCCUUAUGGCCGCAUCACGCCUUCGGAUGCUGGACUUUGGAGCGACGCACACAUCGAGCCUCUCGCUGAGAUCACCGAGUUCGCCCAUAGCCAAGGUGUCAAGAUCGGCAUACAGCUUCAGCACGCCGGAAGAAAGGCGAGCCGACUCUCACCGUGGCUGGAAAUGACAAAAGUUUCUAAAGGCAAAGACUUUGGAUGGCCUGAUAAGGUCAUUAGCUGCAGCCCGUUACCAUUCAGCCCUGAUACCUGUCUACCGAGAGAAAUGACCAUCGCCGACAUUGAGUCUCUGAAGAAGGACUGGGUAGCAGCAGCGAAGAGAGCUCUCAAGGCUGGUUUUGACACAAUUCUCUUUCAGGCAGCCUUCGGCUUCCUCCUCCACAGCUUCUUGUCUCCAGCUGCCAACCAGCGCAAAGACAACUACGGUGGCUCUUUUGAGAACAGAAUCCGUCUCCUGGUCGAGAUAGUGGAUUUGGUAAAAGCUGAAGUCCCUGCCGGCUUCCCUAUCGGUGUCCGCAUGCCGGCAACUGACCAUCUGGAGUAUGACGAGUCUAUUCCGCAGUGGAAUCUGGAGCAAUCCGCCAAGCUCGCCAAGAUUCUUGCAGAGCAUGGAGUCGACUAUAUUGAUGUCUCCAGUGGCGCUCUCGACCGCCGCCAAAAAAUGAAAUACGGGAAGGGCUACCAAGUUGACCUGGCUAAGCAGAUAAAGAAAGCUCUGGCGGGCACUAGUGUCAUCGUUGGAGUUAGCGGCAGUGUUAUAACGGGACAACAGGCUCAGGAUGUCCUGGACUCAUCGGCCGCAGACGUCGUUGUUUCGGGGCGAGCCUUUGUGAAAAACCCAAAUCUGGUCUGGCAGUGGGCUGACGAGCUGGGCGUCGAUAUUCAUGUCGCAAGCCAAUUCGGUUGGGGAUUUGGCAAGGCUCGGGGCCUUCCGUCCAAACAAAAGUCAAACCCUAAGUCCAAGAUAUAA